AUGUCAGCUUCUUCAUACAAAUCCUCCGUAGUUGAUCCACUGUCUCAUCCAGCUCUCGUUCUGUACUUGCUUUCCUCUUCUCACUCAAUCUUUGAGCUCUGUAUAUCACACCCUCGCCCAACUCUUCGUAAACCACCAUAUCAAUGGCUUUUGCCACCUCUUGUCCUGAAUACAUUUCACUUUUAUCCUUGCUUACCUCGACCCGAUGCCGACAUCCACUAUCAGCCUGGAAUUUACAGGUUGGUCGUCCCUCAUCGGCAUCCCCCACAAGAGGGACCCCAAAAUACAUGCUAUCCGUCACCUAACUCCACCCGCAAUUGCUUACGGAACCGCCAGUCCUCGGGUGGGCCAGAGUCCUCUUAUGCGGGGGGCCCACUUCAUAACCACUCUCGGGACAUGCAAAGGUGGAGAUGUGCUUUUAGUGUGGAGUUGUGCUUUUCACCAAGUCAAUCUCCUAUUUCCUUCUCAAACAAGUUGUCAGUUAUGACCUCUUGGGAACUUCCCACCUUUCCUAUCCCACUAUUUAAUUGUUCAUUCCUCACGGAUUCCUCCCCUCCACUUCUACCUUGGGCACUGCCCCCAGCUGAGGAGGUAAAACUUUUGGACUCUAAAAAGCUAAUUGGGGUAGCUUUAAGCCAGUCCCCAAAUUGA